AUGAUUGCUUGGAUGGCUAUCUUGGAUAGACUACCAACUAAGAAUAGUCUUCAACGUAUGGGCAUUAUAUCCGAUGGAUUGUGUGUUCUAUGCAAUGAUGAUCUGGAGACGAGAGAUCAUCUGUUCAUUGAAUGCUCUUUGGCGGAUUCCCUUUGGAAGGCCAUUCUGCAUCUCUCCGGAUUAAGGCCAUCUUUUUCAUCCUGGAACAACUUUUUAGCAUCGACUUCUCAUGCUUGGAAAUGUAAAUCUUUACUUAUCACUAUUUUGAAACUCGCAUGGUGUGCAUUUCUUUAUUCUCUAUGGGAGGAACGAAACAGAAGGUUGUUCAAAGGAAACUCCAGGAAUGAAGCUGAAAUUCUUAAAGCUAUCAAGGAGAUAGUCGGAAUUCAACUUAGAGGUCGGAAUAUUAGUAGACUUGAUAGUGUCAAUAAUACUCUUUGUAAGAAUUGGAGUAUUGAAUAA